CGUGGUCUCCCUCUCCCUACCUCGGUCUCUGUCUCCCGGGCUCCGGACGUGGGCAGAAGCUGUGGUGAUGACGGGCAAGCAGAAGAUGAAGCUGGCUAACACGGCGCUGCCCAUCAAGACGAUCAAGUCCUGGGCUGAGGCCGUGGGCAUCUCUCCCUUAUCCGAAGAGGCCUGCCAAGUUCUCGUCGAUGAAGUCACCUUCCGAGUCAAGAAAAUCACCCAGGAGGCCAAGAUGUUCAUGCAGAUGGGACUGCAUCAGAAACUCACAACCAAUGAUGUGGAUUUUGCCCUGCAGCUAAAGAAUGUUGAGCCUCUGUACGGAUUCCACACGAUGGAUUUUAUCCCCUUCCGCCUCACCUCCGGGGGUGGCCGGGAGCUUGGUUCCUGCCAGAAGGAGAUCGUGUCUCUGAAUGACAUCAUCAACAGCCCCUUGCCUCAGACCAGCCUGGAUGUCGUCUUGAAAGCUCAUUGGUUGAGCAUCGAGGGCAUCCAGCCAGUGAUCCCGGAGAACCCCAUCCCAGGGACAGAGCGACCGCCCCCCUAUCCGCCACAGCCCACAGCCAUCAUUCGAUGUUCUCCCUUGGAGAAGAUGUACUUUGAAGAGAUAACCAGGGCCUGCCUGGGAGCCUGUGAUCUCAAGAGAAAGGAAGCUCUCGACAGCCUCACCACCAACUCUGGCCUCUCCCAGAUGCUGCCCUGGUUCAGCAACUUCAUCUCUGAAGGGGUGCGGGUGAACGUGGGUCUCCGAGAUCUGACCGUGCUCACCUCCCUGAUGCAAAUGGUGAAGGCGCUGAUGGCGAACCCCACCCUGAACCUGGAGAGAUACAUCCAGGAGCUGAUCCCGGCCGUGAUGAGCUGCGUCGGGAGCCACGAGCUCUGCGUGCCGGGGCCGGAAGAGAACGAGCACUGGGCCUUCCGGGAAUGGAGCGCCCGGCUCAUGGCCCAGGUCUGCCAGCAAUUCGGAACCACCAGCAACAACCUCCAGGCCCGUGUGACCAAGAUCUUCGUCAAGAAGUGGCUGCAGGAGACGACCCCCUGGCCCACUCGUUACGGCUGCAUCGCUGGCUUGGCCGAGCUGGGGGAGAACGUGAUCAAGACCCUGAUCGUGCCACAGCUGCCGCAGGAAGGACAGCGGAUCCGGAGAGCCCUGGACAGCCCCGAGCUGAACGAGCUGAGCAGCGUCCACAGGCUCGGGGCUGAGCGCGUCCAGGGUCUGCUACAGAAACACUGUGCCCCGGUGCUGGCGAGGCUGCGGCCCUCACUGGAUUGUCAGGAGGAUUUUUGCUCUGACUUGGGCCCCCUGGGACCACUGCUCUGCCCCCACCUAGAUGAGACUUGUACCCUCCAGGCCACCGGACAGAGCACCCGGGAGACCCCCCCAUCGGACCACCGGGCAGACCCUGCAAGAUGAGGCGGCCGUCGGGGAGGUCCCGAAUAUACCAGCUGCUGGCUCACCCUCGGCCCAGGGGGUCAUAAAGAUCCCCCAGAUCCAGCCCGUAGGCAAAAUGGUCUCCACGGCGAAGGCGGUCCCCUCAAGCCAGGAUGACCUCCAGAAGAUCGGCGUGGUAGACCGACCCUAAGCCAGUCCUAUCCCCACUUCUCUCUUCCCCAUCCUCCUUCUUUAACAGAGGAGAGACAGGUCUCCUUUUGGCCAGAAGGCUAGAGCAGCUCCCCUUAGGAUCCCCCCACAUCUAGCUCCUUUCCCUGACUCUACUGACCUAAGUACUUAAUACUUAGCAUGCACCAUGCACUGAACUAAGUGUUUGAACUAAGUGUUUACUUUUCAUUGGAGAACUUACCAUGCACAGAGCACUAGCACUUGAAAGAGGACGAUAUCACAGGCCUGGGAGACACUUUUCCUUGCCUGCCUUUCCCUGUAAGUGUAGAUGGGGGCACAGACAUGAAUACAUUUCGGAUGUGGACAUAAGUGCUGUGGG